AGGGCCGCGCGCCGUCAGUCGGGCGGCCCGUCAGGCGGUCGGUCGGCCUGUGAGGAAGCCCCGCCAUGGCCGAGAGCGACUGGGACACGGUGACGGUGCUGCGCAAGAAGGGCCCCACCGCCGCCCAGGCCAAGUCGAAGCAGGCCAUCUUGGCAGCCCAGAGAAGAGGAGAAGAUGUGGAGACCUCCAAGAAAUGGGCUGCUGGCCAGAACAAACAGCACUCUAUCACCAAGAACACGGCCAAGCUGGACCGGGAGACCGAGGAGCUGCACCACGACAGAGUGACCCUGGAAGUGGGCAAAGUGAUUCAGCAGGGGCGGCAGGGGAAGGGGCUGACGCAGAAAGACCUGGCCACGAAAAUCAAUGAAAAGCCGCAGGUUAUCGCUGACUACGAGUGCGGAAGGGCCAUUCCGAACAACCAGGUCCUGGGCAAGAUCGAAAGAGCCAUCGGUCUCAAGCUCCGGGGGAAGGACAUUGGGAAGCCGCUCGAGACGGGCCCGAAGGGGAAAUGAGAACAAAGCCUCGAAAUCAGUUGUUCAGACUGAUCCCGUCCGGCCGGUUCUCCGGAGCCGGCCGAACCACCGUGCGCGCGUCCGUCAGGGAAGCGGGCUGGUUGGGGACAACCUGCCGGCUCUGUACUUGUUGUAGAAAGACGAAAAACAAACCGUUGCAAAUCCGA